AUGGCGGCACUUCGUAGAAAAUUUGGCGAGGACUACCAGGUGGUUAACACAAACCGGGCCACUACUUUCACCGCUCCGGUGAAGAAGAAACGGCAGCGCUUUGUAGAGAAGAACGGACGCUGCAACGUGCAGCACGGAAACCUCGGCGGGGAGACCAGCAGGUACCUCUCUGACCUCUUCACCACUUUGGUGGACCUAAAGUGGAGAUGGAACCUCCUCAUCUUCAUCCUCACUUACACCAUCGCAUGGCUGGUCAUGGCAUCGAUGUGGUGGAUCAUCGCGUACAUCAGGGGAGACCUAAAUCACGGCCACGACGCGUCCUACACUCCCUGCGUGGCCAAUGUUUACAACUUCCCCUCAGCUUUUCUCUUCUUCAUCGAGACCGAAGCCACGAUCGGCUACGGCUACCGGUACAUCACGGAGAAGUGUCCGGAGGGCAUCAUCCUCUUCUUGUUCCAGUCGCUACUGGGCUCCAUAGUGGACGCUUUUCUCAUCGGCUGCAUGUUCAUAAAAAUGUCUCAACCUAAGAAACGCGCAGAGACGCUCAUGUUCAGCCAGGACGCUGUGAUUUCUCAGCGAGACGGCAAACUGUGCCUCAUGUUCCGGGUGGGCAACCUGCGGAACAGCCACAUGGUGUCCGCACAGAUCAGGUGCAAGCUCAUAAAGUCUCGUCAGACACCUGAAGGCGAGUUCCUGCCUCUGGACCAGUGCGAGUUGGACGUUGGUUUCGGGACGGGAGCAGACCAGCUCUUCCUGGUUUCACCGCUCACCAUUUGCCAUGAAAUUAAUCCCAAGAGCCCCUUUUUCGACCUCUCCCAGCGCUCUCUCAUGAACGAACAGUUUGAGAUUGUCGUCAUCCUCGAGGGCAUCGUGGAGACUACAGGUAUGACAUGCCAGGCACGUACAUCUUACACCGAGGACGAGGUCUUGUGGGGCCACCGUUUCCUGCCGGUGAUGUCCCUGGAGGAAGGCUUCUUCAGGGUGGACUACUCUCAGUUCCACAGCACCUUCGAGGUACCGACGCCGCCGUACAGCGUCAAAGAACACGAAGAGAAGAACUCACUGCCCUCGCCUUUAUCCACUCCAACCCCCGCACUGACUGAGAGCCACGGCGCCCGACGCGACCGGGUGUUUUCCGUGGACUGCAUCAACACCUCAGAGGAAAGGGGUCGCCACGGGGGCGCCGGGGGUCGACUGCCGAGCAAACUGCAGAGGAUGAGCUCGUCGGGGAAAGAGGACCUGCAGAGGAAGGUUCUCCUGCUCACCUCCCAGCACUCGGAGAAGGCCUGCAGCACCGGAGACCUGCCGCUGAAGCUGCAGCGCCUCAUCUCCUCGCCCGGACCCGAGACCGAGACUCGGCUGCAGCUCAAGUCCUUCAAGGUGGGCUUCGAUCCGAUGACCCAGUCCACCGGAAACCUGUACCAGCAGAGCCUGCCGCCCACGCCGUCCCCGGCCCCGGUCCCCAUGCACAGCCCUCUUCUUUCAACUGGGAGGAGGCUGGAGGACACUCUGCCACCAAAGCUACGGAAGAUGAACGCUGACCGCUGA